AUGUUAUCAAGAAUUAUUAAAUCAAGACAAACAUUAAAUGUUUCAAAAUCAUUUGUUGUUUUACAACAAUUAAGAUAUAAAACUGUUAUAUCAUUAUCAUCAACAUUAACAUCAUAUCCAACUCAACAUACAACUGAAUCAGAUGAACCAUAUUUAACUCCAUCUUUUUUGAAUAAUGAAUUUAUAAAAUCAGAAUCAGAAGAAUGGUUUAAUAUUCAUGAUCCUGCAACAAAUAAUGUAGUUUCAAAAGUUCCUCAAUCAACUGAAUCAGAAUUAGAAGAAGCUAUAGAAAGUGCUCAUAAAGCAUUUCCAAAUUGGAGAGAUACAAGUAUUAUUAAAAGACAAGGUAUUGCUUUUAAAUUUGCUGCUUUAUUAAGAGAAAAUAUGGAUAGAAUUGCAAAUGUUAUUGUAUUAGAACAAGGUAAAACUUUUGUUGAUGCUCAAGGUGAUGUUACAAGAGGUUUACAAGUUGCUGAAGCUGCUUGUAAUGUUACAAAUGAUUUAAAGGGGGAAUCAUUAGAAGUUUCUACUGAUAUGGAAACUAAAAUGAUUAGAGAACCUUUAGGAGUUGUUGCUUCUAUAUGUCCUUUUAAUUUCCCAGCAAUGGUUCCUUUAUGGUCAUUACCUUUAAUUUUAGUUACUGGUAAUACAGCAGUUAUAAAACCAUCAGAAAGAGUUCCUGGAGCUGCUAUGAUUAUUUGUGAAUUAGCUGCAAAAGCAGGUGUACCACCUGGAGUUUUAAAUAUUGUUCAUGGUAAACAUGCAACUGUAAAUAAAUUAAUUGAAGAUCCAAGAAUUAAAGCUUUGACUUUUGUUGGUGGUGAUAAAGCUGGAAAAUAUAUUUAUGAAAAAGGUUCUGCUUUAGGUAAAAGAGUUCAAGCUAAUUUAGGUGCUAAAAAUCAUUUAGUUGUAUUACCUGAUGCUCCAAAACAACAAUUUAUUAAUGCAUUAAAUGGUGCUGCUUUUGGUGCUGCUGGUCAAAGAUGUAUGGCUAUUUCAGUUUUAGUUACUGUUGGUAAAACAAAAGAAUGGAUUCAAGAUAUAGUUAAAGAUGCAAGUCAAUUAAUUACAGGAUCAGGAUUUGAUAAAUCAUCAGAUUUAGGACCAUUAAUUAAUCCAGAAAGUUUAACUAAAGCAGAAGAAAUUAUUGAAAAUAGUGUUAAAGCUGGAGCUGAAUUAUUAUUAGAUGGUAGAGGUUAUAGACCAAAAGAUUCAAAAUUUGCAAAUGGUAAUUUCUUAGCACCAACAAUUUUAUCAAAUGUUAAACCAGGUCAAAGAGCUUAUGAUGAAGAAAUUUUUGCACCAGUAUUAUCAAUUGUUAAUGUAGAUACUAUAGAUGAAGCUAUUCAAUUAAUUAAUGAUAAUAAAUAUGGUAAUGGUGUAUCAAUUUUUACAUCAAAUGGAGGAUCAGCACAAUAUUUUACUAAAAGAAUUGAUGUUGGACAAGUUGGUGUUAAUGUACCAAUUCCUGUACCAUUACCAAUGUUUUCAUUUACUGGUUCAAGAGGUUCAUUUUUAGGUGAUUUAAAUUUUUAUGGUAAAGCUGGUAUAACAUUUUUAACAAAACCAAAAACUAUUACUGCUGCUUGGAAAAUUAAUAACAUAGAUGAAGCAAUUUUAAAACCUUCAACCUCAAUGCCUGUUCAACAAUAA